ACGAUUCACUUGGAUCGCCGAUCCAACUUCUCGACUCGAUUCGGGGAUGUUUCUCGGCAGGGGCACCUCCGGUUCCUGGUCGCGAAGGCCGUCGAGGUCUGGCGGGAACAUUGGUGGGACGACGGCCCCAUCAUGCAGCACGUGCUCGCCCACCUGCAGCGCAUGAUCCGCAAGUUCGAAGCCACGGGCGCCCGAAUCGAGGACGCCCGCGCUGGGAAGCAGUGGGCACGGCUGCAGCGGUGCGCGCAGGCCUGCCGGGAGGAGGCCGCCACAGAAGCCGGCGGGAAGGCUGGCCAGGAGCGGUCGAGGCCUGGCGGGAGAGCAGGUGGAUCGUGACGGCGACCAGCUGCGUGCGGCGCGCGCUCGCCCGCCUCCUCCCCCCACCCGCGGGGGAGGGGGCUUCGCCAGACCAGGGGUGGUGCAGGAGAGCGCCGUCGGCACGUGGGACACCGAGCGGGGCGGACCCUCCCAUGUUGAUCAGCCGACGCCUCGCCGCCCAUUUGCGUGCGAGGCGCUCGUGGGCACAGCCCGCCUCGUCCUCGUCCUCGCCCUCCUCGCCUCUGACCCCUCCCACCUCGUCCUCCUCCUCUCCAUGAAUCUUGCUCGGCUGUUGCGGUCCCUGAGCUGCGGUUCCGAGGCUCCCGGCGCCUCCCCCGAGGGGCGCUCUCGCUGGGAGGCCGUGGGCACGGCUGCGGGCACACUCGGCGACCAGGCACUGCUCGGCGGCCGCGGCGCCGCGACACGGCACGGAGACUCGCCAGCUUGCGGCGCCGCCGCGCACGUCCGCCGCCGCAGGGGGCCAGAGAACAGAGCGCGGCAUGAGCGCAGUUCUGUCGGAGCUCCGCGCGGGAUUCUGGGACGACGGCACGGCCGAGGGCAAAGACAGGGAGGAUCAGCAUCGUUUGCCCAGUCCUUAUCCGCGUCUCCGUCCCCCUUCCGAUCGCCACCAUCCCCCCACCCCAGUUGCGGAUACAGUCGGGGCCCUGAAGAAGGAACCCUUUUCGUUGGGGAGGGGCUCCGC